CGCCUCCUCUUCUCCUCCGGCAAAUGCACGAUCAACUCAGCCCCUUACGGCCCUCUCUGGCGCUCCCUCCGCCGCAACCUCGUCUCCGAAAUCGUUUCCCCCACCCGCGUCCGCUCGUUCUCCUGGGUACGCGACUGGGCCCUCCGCCUUCACCUCUCCCGCCUCCGCGCCUCCCGUCCUGUUGUCCAUCUCAUGCCGCAUUGCCGGCUAACCAUUUGCAGCAUCCUCGCUUGCAUUUGUUUCGGAGCCAAAGUGCCGGAGGAGAAGGUGAGGGAAAUAGAGGAGGUGUUGAAGGAUAUAAUGAUGAUGACGACGCCAAAGCUGGCGGAUUUUCUUCCGGCGUUGACG